AUGGACAACAAAGCAGUAGCUGCAGCGGUAUGUUUGGCCGUUAUGGCUGUAGCGGGAGUAGGAGCAACGAUAGCAGCAUCAGAUGGUCCCGGAUGGGAACCAGUAAUUGGCAUCGACUUGGGCACGACUUAUUCUGUAGCUGCUGUUUGCGACAAGGGUCAAAUUCUAAUCAUUCCCAACGACCAAGGUAACCGGAUUACUCCAUCAUUCGUCGCUUUCAACAACGGUGAGCGGCUUGUCGGUGAUGCGGCCAAGAACCAGAUGUCUUCAAAUCCCCAGAAUACCAUUUUCUCUGCCAAGCGCUUCCUCGGCCGAAGAUAUGAUGAUCCAACAAUUGCAGAAACUCAAGGACUCUUUCCCUUCAAAAUCUUCAACAAAAACAACAAGCCGACUAUCCAGGUCUCAGUAAAUGAAUCUGAACCUCUUGCUGAAUUCGCUCCAGAACAAAUCUCCGCGAUGGUCCUCCAAAAAAUGAAGCAAAUAGCUGAAGAUUACCUCGGCCAGCCUGUAAAGAAAGCAGUCGUUACUGUCCCCGCGUAUUUCAACGAUGAGCAACGACAAGCGACGAAAGACGCUGGCACUAUCGCUGGAAUCGAAGUCAUUCGCAUCAUUAACGAGCCAACUGCUGCUGCUCUUGCCUAUGGGUUGGAUAAAUCUGGGGUAGAGAAGAACGUCCUUGUUUUCGACCUUGGCGGCGGUACUUUCGACGUUUCACUCCUCACCAUUGAUCAGGGAGUUUUUGAAGUUCUUGCGACAAAUGGAGACACUCAUCUUGGCGGUGAAGAUUUCGACGAGCGAAUAAUGCAGCACUUCGUCAAGGUUUUCAAAACCAAGACAGGACUUGACAUGUCUGCUGAUCCGACUGCUCUUGCGAAGCUACGAAGAGAAUCAGAAAAGGCUAAGCGGGCUCUGUCUCUUGAGCAUUCAGCGAAGAUCCACAUCGAAAACCUCUUCGGCGGACUGGACUUUGAAGAGACCCUCACUCGAGCAAAGUUUGAACAGCUCAAUAUGGAUUUGUUUCAAAAGACUCUCGAUCCUGUCAGAAAAGUUCUCGCUGAUGCUGCUUUGACAAAAGCGGAAAUUGACGAAGUUGUUCUCGUCGGUGGCUCAACUCGAAUUCCAAAGGUGCGACAGCUGAUCAAAGAAUUCACGGGAAAAGAACCAGUCCUCGGCGUCAAUCCUGAUGAAUCCGUCGCAUACGGAGCAGCCCUUCAAGCUGCUGUUCUUGGAGGAGGAUGUUUGGAGCAAACACCCGUCGUCAUCGACACUGUUCCUCUUUCAAUGGGAAUCGAAACCGUCGGUGGAGUGAUGACUAACAUCAUUGAGCGCAACUCAGCUAUUCCUACAAGAAAGAGUCAAAUUUUCUCCACCGCCGCGGAUAAUCAACCAACAGUCACGAUCAGUGUCUUCGAAGGAGAACGCUCUCUUGUUAAAGACAAUAACCUCCUCGGACGAUUUGAUCUCUCUGGAAUCGACCCAGCUCCUCGAGGCCAGCCGCAGUUGGAAGUAACUUUUGAAAUCGACGUCAAUGGAAUCCUACAAGUCAGAGCAGAAGACAAAGCGAAUGGAAACAAGAAAGAAAUCAAAAUCUCCGCCGGCUCGCAGCGACUAACCCCAGAAGAGAUCCAAGCUAUGAUUGAUGAAGCGGACAGAAUGGCAACGCAAGAUGCAGAAGUACGAGACCGAAUCAACGCCAAGAACCGAUUAGAAGCGAAUGUUUACAGCGAAAAGAACAAGAUGACCACCUCACCGCCAGCUCAUCUCGCGCCUGAGCAAAUUGAAAGCAUAAACAAUUAUUUGGAGGAAACGAUAAACUGGCUCGACUUGAACGCUGACUCAGCUACGAAGCUUGAAAUUGAUGAAAAGUCAGAUGCGCUGAUGCAAUUCCUGUCGAGCUUUGCACAAGCGGAACAAGAACCUGCGCGGGAUUAUAGCACCGAACUGUAA